AUGCUAUCAGAUGUAGAAGUUUUGUUUUCCUCAUGUGCUGCAGUGCAGUGGAAGCGCACAUUGGCUUCCUCUAGAGCGAGCGCUGGUGUUGGCAUUGGUGGGCAAGAACGUCACGAGCCGUGGCCGGCACCAGAGACGACGGCCCACAGCACUCGAUCCGGGCCCUCGUCUCUAGUACCGCCAUUUAUUCUAUCACACAGUAUACACAAUUAA